GGGUGGCUUACCCAAGCCCUGUAGCGUGUGAAGUGAUCCAAGUUCUGGUGAGCAGAUGGUCCGAGGCUGCAGCCGUGGGCUGGAGCAAACGCCGCUGCUCAGGGCUUCGCCGAGGGGGAACACAGGAAAACCCUGGUCGAGGUGGCAGCUCCAAGUCUUUUCUCUCUGCCGUGGGAUGGGGAAGGCAGGCACUCCCAUGCCCAAGUGAAGACCCUUACUUGAUUGCCGUGGUGAUUACUGGUUGGCAGUAAAUGUUCUUCGUGGAGCUGCCUCGCGAUAUCUUUUGCAAAGGGAAUGAUUUGGUGAUGGAGCGCUCCCACUGACCGAUGGACUCAAAGAAAGAAAGCACAACAGAAGCAGAAGGAUCCAAAGAAAGAGGCCUGGUCCAUGUCUGGCCAGCAGGAUCCUUUUCGGUGACACCAGAGAGAUUACCAGGCUGGGGAGGAAAGACAGUUCUGCAAGCAGCCCUGGGCGUGAAGCAUGGAGUUCUUCUGACGGAAGAUGGUGAGGUCUACAGCUUUGGGACCCUUCCCUGGAGAAGUGAGCUGGCAGAGAUUUGUCCAAGCAGCCCCAUUCUGGAAAAUGCCCUGGUCGGGCAGCGUGUUGUGACUGUGGCAACGGGGAGUUUCCACAGUGGAGCGGUGACAGAAGGCGGCGUAGUGUACAUGUGGGGGGAGAACUCUGCCGGCCAGUGCGCAGUAGCCAACCAGCGCUGUGUGCCGGAGCCGAAUCCCGUCAGCAUUUCUGAUUCUGAAAGCAGCCCUUUGCUAGCUGUCAGGAUUUUGCAGCUGGCAUGUGGCGAGGAGCACACUCUGGCCCUGUCAAUAAGCAGGGAGAUUUGGGCAUGGGGCACAGGCUGUCAGUUGGGUCUCAUCACCACCACCUUCCCGGUGACAAAGCCACAGAAGGUAGAACAUCUUGCUGGCCGAGUGGUGCUGCAGGUUGCCUGCGGUGCCUUCCACAGCUUAGCGCUUGUACAGUGCCUGCCUUCCCAGGACCUGAAGCCAGUCCCAGAAAGAUGCAACCAGUGCAGCCAGCUCCUGAUCACCAUGACUGACAAAGAAGACCACGUGAUUAUAUCCGACAGCCACUGCUGCCCGCUAGGUGUGGCGCUGUCCGAGUCCCAGGCAGAGAGCCAGGCCAGCACUGCCAUCAGCCCCUCCGCAGAAACCCUUGACAGUCAGGGCGAAGUAUUCGAGAACGCUCUUGCGGAACGUGAGCUGCCCAUUGCUGAACUGAAGGAGGGGAACGUUCAGACCACAGGUGGCAACACCAGCUGCUCCCAGCCAAGCAUCACGGGAACAACGGAAGUGUCUCCUGCCAGAAGCACGCCGUCACACCCUGACACCCAGGCAGCUACCUCGGACCACUCAGCGAGAGGGGACUCGGAGGACAGUGAGAAGCCAGUGCCAUCUCAGCCUCUUGUAGAAGAAGCAAUUCCUAAUCUUCACAGCCCACCAACCACAAGCACCUCAGCCCUAAACAGCCUGGUGGUCUCUUGUGCGUCUGCUGUUGGUGUGAGAGUGGCUGCUACCUAUGAAGCUGGGGCCUUGUCUCUUAAGAAAGUUAUGAACUUUUAUAGCACAGCCCCUUGUGAAACUGGAGCUCAGGCAGGCAGUCGUUCCCCAGGCCCAGAAGGUCUGAAGGAUAGCAGAGAAGAGCAGGUCAAACAGGAGUCCAUGCAAGGGAAGAAAAGCUCAAGUCUUGUGGACAUCAGAGAGGAGGAAUCGGAGGGAGGCAGUCGAAGGCUCUCCCUCCCUGGAUUGCUGUCACAAGUUUCCCCCAGGCUUUUAAGAAAGGCUGCUCGGGUGAAGACGAGAACAGUGGUUCUGACCCCCACGUACAGCGGAGAAGCAGAUGCCCUCCUGCCGUCCCUGAGGACAGAGGUGUGGACCUGGGGCAAGGGGAAGGAAGGACAGCUGGGCCACGGCGAUGUUCUGCCCAGGCUUCAGCCGCUGUGUGUGAAAUGUCUGGAUGGUAAGGAGGUGAUCCACCUGGAGGCCGGCGCUUCCCAUUCCCUGGCACUCACUGCGAAAUCCCAGGUUUACUCAUGGGGUAGCAAUACCUUUGGUCAGCUUGGGCAUUCUGAUUUUCCAACAACGGUUCCUCGUCUUGCAAAGGUGGGCAGUGACAAUGGAGUCUGGAGUGUAGCCGCAGGCCAGGAUUAUUCCCUGUUUUUGGUGGAUACAGAAGACUUCCAGCCUGGGUUAUGUUACAGUGGCCGACAGGACCCUACAGAAGGUGACAACCUUCCAGAGAAUCCCAGUGGUACUAAGACUCCAGUACUUCUCUCCUGUAGUAAGCUUGGAUAUAUAAGCAGAGUGACAGCAGGAAAAGAUAGCUAUGUGGUGUUGGUGGAUAAAAACAUUAUGGGUUAUAUCGCCAGUCUCCACGAGUUGGCUACUACAGAAAGACGGUUCUAUUCAAGACUAAGUGACAUCAAAUCUCAGAUUCUCAGGCCUCUUCUCAGCUUAGAAAACCUGGGCACGGCUACCACGGUGCAGCUGUUGCAGGAAGUGGCAAGCCGAUUCAGCAAGCUGUGUUACCUGAUCGGUCAGCACGGAGCCUCGCUGAGCAGCUUCCUGCAGGGGCUGAAGGAAGCCAGGAAUCUGGUGAUUCUCAAGCACGCCAGUCUCUUCCUGGAUAGUUACACAGAGUAUUGCACAUCUAUUACAAAUUUCCUGGUUAUGGGCGGAUUCCCACUUCUUGCUAAGCCUGCCAUUGAUUUCCUAAAUAAAAACCAAGAACUGUUACAAGAUUUAUCCGAAGCAAAUGAGGAAAACACUCAGUUGAUGGAAAUACUGAACACACUGUUUUUCUUGCCAAUCAGACGACUUCAUAAUUAUGCAAAAGUCUUGCUAAAGCUUGCUACUUGUUUUGAAGUGACAUCUCCUGAAUAUCAGAAACUGCAGGAUUCCAGUGCUUGUUAUGAGUCUCUUGCUCUCCAUCUCGGCAGGAAAAGGAAGGAAGCGGAGUACACCCUGGGCUUCUGGAAGACCUUUCCCGGAAAAAUGACGGAUUCCUUGAGGAAGCCAGAGCGGCGGCUGCUGUGUGAGAGCAGUAACCGAGCCCUGUCUUUGCAGCAUGCGGGAAGGUUCUCUGUGAACUGGUUCAUCCUCUUUAAUGAUGCCCUGGUCCACGCCCAGUUCUCCACGCACCAUGUUUUCCCGUUGGCCACACUGUGGGUGGAGCCGCUGUCUGAAGAAGCUGGUGGUGUGAAUGGCAUAAAGAUAACCACACCUGAAGAGCAGUUCACUCUGAUUUCAUCAACACCCCAGGAAAAGACGAAGUGGCUGCGGGCCAUCAGCCAGGCCGUGGACCAGGCUUUGAGGGGGACAUCUGAUCUGCCACCCUACGGGAGUGGCAGUGGUAUUCAGUGGCAGGAGCCACCCAUUUCACGCAGUGCCAAGUACACGUUCUACAAGGACCCUCGCCUGAAAGAUGCCACCUAUAAUGGGCGCUGGCUUUCAGGGAAGCCUCACGGCAGAGGCGUCCUGAAGUGGCCCGACGGAAGGAUGUAUUCUGGCAUGUUCAGGAACGGCUUGGAAGAUGGGUAUGGGGAAUAUAGAAUCCCACACAAGGCGCUGAACAAAGAAGACCAUUAUGUGGGCCACUGGAAAGAAGGAAAAAUGUGUGGUCAAGGAGUCUACAGUUACGCCUCUGGUGAAGUGUUUGAAGGCUGUUUUCAAGAUAACGUGCGUCACGGGCACGGUCUCCUUCGAAGUGGGAAAUUGACUUCCUCCUCCCCGAGUAUGUUCAUUGGCCAGUGGGUGAUGGAUAAGAAAGCAGGAUAUGGUGUCUUCGACGACAUCACUAGGGGGGAAAAGUAUAUGGGAAUGUGGCAAGAUGACGCCUGUCAAGGGAAUGGCGUGGUCGUCACCCAGUUUGGACUAUACUAUGAAGGCAACUUCCACCUUAAUAAAAUGUCGGGAAAUGGGGUUUUACUUUCCGAAGAUGAUACUAUCUAUGAAGGAGAAUUUUCAGAUGAUUGGACUCUUAGUGGAAAGGGAACAUUGACGAUGCCCAAUGGAGAUUACAUUGAAGGUUAUUUUAAUGGAGAGUGGGGAUCUGGGAUUAAAAUCACUGGAACCUACUUCAAACCCAGCCUGUAUGAGAGUGAUAAAGACAGACCCCCAGUUUUCAGGAAGCUGGGAACGCUGGCAGUGCAGGCUGAUGAGAAGUGGAAAGCAGUGUUUGAUGAAUGUUGGCACCAGCUGGGCUGUGAGAGUCCUGGUCAAGGGGAAGUUUGGAAGGCGUGGGACAAUAUUGCUGUGGCCUUGACCACCAGUCGGCGUCAACACAGAGACAGCCCGGAAAUACUAAGUCGUUCACAGACUCAGACACUGGAGAGUUUGGAAUUCAUUCCACAGCAUGUUGGUGCCUUCUCUGUGGAGAAAUAUGAAGACAUCAAGAAAUACUUAAUAAAGGCCUGCGACACUCCGCUGCACCCCCUGGGCAGGCUCGUGGAGACCCUGGUGGCAGUGUACAGAAUGACCUAUGUGGGCGUGGGAGCCAACCGCCGGCUACUGCAAGAGGCUGUGAAGGAGAUUAAGUCCUACCUGAAGCGAAUUUUCCAGCUGGUGAGGUUCCUAUUCCCUGAGCUUCCUGCAGAGGGCAGCACAAUUCCUCUCUCCGCUCCCCUGCCUACCGAAAGGAAAUCCUUUUGCACCGGGAAAUCAGAUUCCAGAUCCGAGUCACCGGAACCAGGGUACGUGGUCACGAGUUCUGGGUUAGUGCUGCCCGUGCUGCUGCCUCGGCUCUACCCGCCGCUCUUCAUGCUCUACGCUCUGGACAACGACCGCGAGGAAGACGUGUACUGGGAGUGUGUCCUGCGACUGAAUAAGCAGCCGGACCUGGCUCUGCUGGGCUUCCUCGGGGUGCAGAGGAAAUUUUGGCCAGUGACCUUGUCGAUCCUUGGAGAGAGUAAAAAGGUUUUACCGACCACAAGAGAUGCUUGCUUUGCGUCAGCAGUGGAAUGUCUGCAGCAGAUCAGCACGACAUUCACCCCAUCAGACAAACUGAAGGUCAUACAGCAGACCUUCGAAGAGAUCUCGCAGAGCGUGCUGGCCUCGCUCCAGGAGGACUUCCUGUGGUCCAUGGACGACUUGUUCCCAGUUUUCCUGUACGUGGUGCUGCGGGCCAGGAUCAGGAACCUGGGCUCUGAGGUGCACCUCAUCGAGGACCUCAUGGACCCCUACCUUCAGCAUGGGGAGCAAGGCAUCAUGUUCACCACCCUGAAGGCCUGUUACUACCAGAUCCAGCGUGAGAAGCUUAACUAGGCUGCAUGACAGCUUGAACACGGGAUUAUCUGCCCUGAGAGUGCGAUCGCACCAGCUGGAGCCUCCUUCACGGCAGAGAGCAGGGUGGAAGUUGGAAAGGACGUUGUGCUAUUUCGGUUGUCGUUUCUGAGCCUUACCAAUAAUCACAGCCCUGAGGCCGGCUGGGGUCGGGGGGGAGACUGCGUAGUUUAAAGGGAGGAUGGAAAAGGUGGCAGACAGCCGUGAAACCAGCCCUUGGCCCGUGUUAAGUUCCCGACCUACCACACAUCCCGUAUUUGGAAAAAGAGACAGUAAGGGUACAUCAGCGCCACGGAGCUGGAAGAAAAGUUCCCGGCGUGGCUUCUUACAUUAAAGGAGUGGAUGAGUAUUUUUGAGUUUCUGGUUUGCCUGAACCCAUCUGCAGUUACCCAGGUCCCUUUGCAAGGACCAGACUGUACUGGACAGCGUAGCAGCCACGCUAUGCCUUCCUAAAUCCUGCCCUAUCCCGUGUGCAGCACGCUUCGCUGAGGGAGGGGAGAGAUGAACUUUCAAACUGCAGGUUUAAUGUUUGUGAAGCUUUUCCACCAGGGUAUUCAUGAUGGGAGAGGUUCUGAGCAGUGGCUACCACGGCCUGACCCCCCAGACGUAGACUGCGUCCGAGAACAUAGGAAGUGCGGCUUUUCCUUCCCCCCGCGCUGCACAGAGUGAAUACACUGGAAUCCCGACGCUGCUGGGGUGCUGCACACGUGUCCCCGCGCGAAGGCCGUGUCCCGAGGCCCGCUCAUGCCUGCAGGCUGUGUUGUGGAGCAGGGCUGAAGAUUGGGAAAUAUGGAAGCAAAGACACGCACGGUCGCAGCCUUGUGCUGUGGGUCUCCCCACGGUACCUCGCACUGAACUCACGGACGGGAAGGCAAAGCAAGGAAACAAGCUUUGAGCGCCUCCCAUCUCACAAGUGUUGUGGCUCCUCGACAUUUUAGGGUUUUGCUUUUUUUUAAACAUGUCGUAUUUGUAUUGUCUGUCAGUUUACACUGUCCGAGUCACACUGGUAGCUGUUUCAGGUCACAGGUGCUCCCCUCGUCUCAUCUCCACUCCACGGUGAGCGUUCGCGCGAAAUGACUCAGCAGGCGUUCAUGACAUUGGAAAAGGAUCAUGGGUUCUGCUCUACUUUAUAAUCAAGAUAAAUGUUCAUUAAAUACUGUUUCAGAAUGGUGGCUGUAAUGGAACAGCAGUUUUCGUAAUAAAAGAUGUUCAUCUUUC